AUGGCGGCGGCCGCGGCGCUCCCGGGCGCGGCGGGCCUACCCGCGGGCGGCGGGCCGGGGGCGGCGGGGGCGCGGGCGGCGGGUCCCGCCGGGGGCUGGGCCGUGGCGCGCCUCGAGGGCCGCGAGUUCGAGUACCUGAUGAAGAAGCGCUCGGUGACCAUCGGGCGCAACUCGUCGCAGGGCUCGGUGGACGUGAGCAUGGGCCACUCGAGCUUCAUCUCGCGGCGCCACCUCGAGAUCUUCACGCCCCCGGGCGGCGGCGGCCAUGGCGGGGCGGCCCCGGAGCCGUCCGCGCAGCCCGGGCCCGACACCGGCGGCGACUUCUACCUGCGCUGCCUCGGCAAGAACGGCGUGUUCGUGGACGGCGUGUUCCAGAGGCGCGGGGCGCCGCCGUUGCAGCUGCCGCGCGUGUGCACGUUUAGGUUCCCAAGCACAAACAUCAAGAUCACGUUCACUGCCCUGUCCAGUGAGAAGAGGGAGAAGCAGGAGGCUCCUGAGUCCCCAGUGAAGCCCGUGCAGGCCCACAUCUCGCCCCUGACCAUCAACAUUCCAGACACCAUGGCCCACCUCAUCAGCCCCCUUCCCUCCCCCACAGGAACCAUCAGUGCUGCAAACUCCUGCCCAUCCAGCCCCCGGGGAGCAGGGUCUUCGGGGUACAAAAUGGGCCGUGUGAUACCAGCUGACCUCAAUUUAAUGGCCGACAACUCCCAGCCAGAAAAUGAAAAGGAAGCUUCUGGUGGAGACAGCCCAAAGGAUGAUUCAAAGCCACCUUAUUCCUAUGCACAAUUAAUUGUACAAGCAAUUACAAUGGCUCCUGACAAACAACUCACUCUAAAUGGGAUUUAUACUCACAUCACUAAAAAUUACCCAUACUACAGGACUGCGGACAAGGGCUGGCAGAAUUCAAUUCGCCACAAUCUCUCUCUGAAUCGGUAUUUCAUCAAAGUACCACGUUCCCAGGAAGAACCAGGCAAAGGCUCAUUCUGGAGGAUAGACCCUGCCUCUGAAAGCAAAUUAAUAGAGCAGGCUUUUAGGAAAAGACGGCCUAGGGGCGUGCCUUGCUUUAGAACCCCUCUGGGACCGCUCUCGUCUAGAAGUGCCCCAGCCUCUCCCAAUCACGCUGGAGUGCUGUCUGCUCACUCCAGUGGUGCCCAGACCCCCGAGAGCCUGUCGAGGGAAGGUUCCCCGGCCCCCCUGGAGCCGGAGCCCAGCGCGUCACAGCCCAAACUGGCCGUCAUCCAGGAGGCACGGUUUGCUCAGAGUGCACCAGGCUCUCCCCUGUCUAGUCAGCCUGUUUUAAUCGCUGUGCAGCGGCAGCUGCCGCCGACGAUCAAGCCUGUCACCUACACGGUCGCCGCCCCCGUGACCACCGCGACCUCCCAGCAGCCUGUCGUGCAGACGGUGCACGUCGUCCACCAGAUCCCCGCGGUGUCCGUCACCGGCGUGACCGGCCUCGCCCCGGCCAGCACGUACACUGUUGCCGGCCAGGCCGUGGUCACGCAGGCGGCCGUGCUGGCCCCUCCUAAGGCAGAGCCGCAAGAGAAUGGAGACCACAAAGAAGUAAAAGUAAAAGUGGAACCUAUUCCUGCGAUUAGCCAUGCCACGCUGGGCGCCGCUAGCCGGAUCAUUCAGACGCCACAGACCACCCCCGUCCAGACGGUCACCAUCGUGCAGCAGGCUCCUCUGGGUCAGCACCAGCUACCAAUAAAAACUGUGACGCAGAACGGGACUCAUGUGGUGCCAGUCCCUGCCGCCGUCCACGGCCAGGUGAACAACGCGGGGGCGAGUCCUCUGCACAUGCUGGCAACACACGCAUCGGCGUCCGCCUCCCUGCCCACGAAGCGCCAGAACGGCGACCAGUCGGAGCAGCCGGAGCUGAAGCGGGUCAAGACGGAAGACGGCGAGAGCAUCGUCAUCGCGCUGAGUGUGGACACGCCGCCGACGGCCGGCAGGGAGAAGGGUGUCCAGAACUAGCGACUGGGACAGCUUUUCUUACUUUAAUAUCAACUCUGUGGUGCCAAAAGGAGACACUGCCUCUCACCGACGCUCGGAACGCCGUCUCGGUGGGUAGAGGGCCCUGCGGUUGGACUUCACCUCAGCACUGAAAACACAAAACCCAGGUGGCCUUACGCUCCUUAAAGACAGAAGUCACACCUGAACAAAACCACGUGCAACAGAACCUGGUUCCGGCCGCGUCUCCCCGCCCCGGGCUCACCUGGUGACCCCGGAUUAGAGGCGCGAGGUCCCGGUUGAGCCCGUGCCUGGGGCGGGCGGAGCUGCCGGGACAGGGCGGGCGCCGUCCCCGCUGCCCUCCCAGGACGCCUGGGGCUGGCGCUUGCAGAUGAGACCGUGUUUUGUUGUCCACAUGUGGAAUUAGAGUAUUUUGAGGUGUACUUUCUUUACGAAAUAAUGGGGUCUUUGACAUUUCAGAUCACUCCAUUUCUACUCUGGAAAUUUUGGAAUCACACAGGACUUUUUGUGUUGAUUUCAUUUGGGGAAAAGAAACAAUGUAGUUUUGUUUUUGUUGUUUGUUUUCAGCCUAUGGAAUGAUUUCCUUUUGUCUAUCCUGUUAAUGUUCAGAUGGAGCUGCUUGAUGACAUCUGCAGGUUUUCCGUGUUAGAGCAGGUGCCGGAUGCAUUUAGGAUGGACAGACAGACUGACUGGACAGACGGAUGCCCGUGCUGGGCUGCAUGUAGCCAUGACCGAAAGAACUGCCGGACUCUCCGAGCUGCACUUAACUGGUUCUCUUUCCUGCUACUUUCUGUUGUUUGUUUCUUUGUGUUGACUUUGUCCCGGCAUAAUUUUCCACUCUAAGUAAAACAAGCCUCCUAAGUGUUGUGUGUGUUUCAAACGACAGAACUGUUCCUCCUUCAUUUGGAAAAAAGAUUCCGUCUUCUUCCACAUACCCUUUUCAGACAAGCGUCAUAGGUCUCUCUGUGGCACGUUCCUAGUCACGGUCACCGGCUCGAGGCACAGAGCCAUCGUCCGACCAGCCGUCCACCCGGUGACGCUGCCAUCUGCCCGGCACGCGGGGAGCAGCAGGUGCGGGGUGGAGGAGAGGCUGCGUGUUAACACGAGGGCCUUGGAAACAUCCAGGUCCUUCUCUGAUUUGUGACAGGAAAUCCCCCUCAGCCUUUCAGAACUGAAGCAGUCCUAAAGCUGACUUCUCUCCUACAAGACACAAAGGUGAGUGAAUGAGCAGUAAGGGCCCCCCUCCCCCCCCCCCCCCCCCCCCCCCCCCCGCCCGCCCGCCCGGCCUCCGUCGCGCUGCCCCUGAACAAAACCCUUGGCCUUUCCAGAGCGGUCUGAGGGGGUCAGGGCUGAGCAGCCGUGCAACUAGAAGAGGGCUUUGGCCUUGUUGUGAACUUUUAAAUGUCAUCAUCAUCAUCAUGUUAUUUAUUUAAAUGUAGUUAUUUUGGUAUUUAAUUUUUUUUUUUUAAAGAGAGGGAAAACCCUGUAUUUUCCUGGUGGAAUGAAACGGCUCAGAGUGGUAUAUUUAGGCAAUUUUAAAACCUUAUUUACCUACAGACCAAAUAUGAUAAAUUUGUUCUAAGUAUUGUGUGUUAACCCACAGUACGGAGCUGUCACAAUGUUAUUGCAGAUAAUGCGUAUGAAAAAUAAUGAAAUUACUGCACACUAGCUGGAUUUAUAACUCAGCCAUUAAAGAAAAAUAAAAAUGAAACC